AUGUCAUCCUCACGACAUCUUCAUUUUACUCCAUUGGAUAUACCUACUCCAUUACCUAAUCCACCAACAACAACUGAUCAUCAAACUUUAUAUCCAUCACUUACAUCUUACGAUACUGAUCUUUUAAUGGCACAAGUCACUUCACCUGCUCAUUCUUCACCCCUCCAACAUUCAGAACAACUUCGUCUAUUUUCAUCUUUUCAGACCGCCAUGGACAAUAUGCAACAACAAAUACAAUCACUUUCUGCUCAACUUGCUCAUUUGACCUCUUCACGUUUACCUGCUAUUCGAUCUGCACCCGUCAAUAUUGAUUCACGUCCAUCUUCAUCUCAUUCAAUUCGAGUUGAUCAGCCUGUCGAUCCAUUAUCUGAACAUUUUCUUCUUGUUGAAGCUGAAUAUCAUCGUCUUCAACGUGAAAUAGUUCAACGUUUUCAACUCAACAACAACAAUGUUCCAAUCUCACAUGUUACCAAUUCAUUACCUUCAGCAUCAAAUAUUUUACCAUCUACAGCUAUUCCACCAUCUUCAUCACCAUGUUAUGCAACAUAUUCAUCAAUCAAUCCUCAAUCAUUAUCUCGAUGUCCAUCUUCAUCAGCAUUUCAACCUAUUACCAAAUUAUUAUCUCCAGCUUUACCCGUCGUUCCAGUACCUGUGAUCGCUCAACCACAUUCUUUACCAUCAUCAGUCGUUAAUAACAAUUCUGUUUCCAUUCCUCCAGCAAUACCCUCAGCUGUUCCAUCUAAAUCGCUUGUACAUGUUCCACCAAUUAUUCCGUCUUCAGCACCAACUAUUAUCAAUUCUAACGAUAUUAUUCCACCACCUACAAAACCUUCAUUACCAUCAUCUAUUACUACUCCACCUCAUUCAACAUUACCUCCUCCUUUUACAAUGACUAUCAACAAUAAUCUUCCAACAUUUAAAGGUCUUGCUCAUGAAAAACCUAUUCAAUUUAUUAAUGAUUUUGAAAUUCGUGCGUCUGCUCUCGUCGGUGAUAAUGAUUCUCUUUUGCUUCAAACUGUUCGUCAAGUACUAUCUGACGGUGCUCUUACUUGGUUCGGUCAAUUACAAACAAGUCAAGAUCGUAUUACUACUUGGACCGACUUCAAAACUCGUUUUUAUGACCGUUAUCAUACAUCUUCUCAAAUACAACAUCUACGUAUUGAACUCCGUCUACUUUUUCAAGGUGAUAAUGAACGUACAUUAGAUUAUUUUGAACGUCUUAAAACAUUAAUGAUUGAAAUUGAUCCUGAAUGUAGUGAUAAUUGGCUUAAACAUAAAUUUAUUCAAAAACUUCGAUCUGAUAUUCGUUCUCGGCUCGAUGUUGACAUUAAUUUACCCGUUCGUGAUCUUGUUCGUAAAGCACAAAACAUCGAAACAAACAUUGAACAACAAAAAAUUGAUGAGAAACUCAAAUUAGCUGCUCAUCAAGAAAAGAAAAAUAUGCCAAGUGUUACUACUAAUAACUUAUCCAUCAACAACAAUGGUCGUCGACCCUCAUUACAUUUAUCAUCUACUUAUUCAUCAUCACCUAGUAGUAAUAAUGAUUACGUCAAUCGUAAUAUUUCUAUCCAUCCUGGUGAUCAAUUACAUUCAUCAUCCAAUACUUCCACCAUUCUUUCUCAUCAUUUUAAUAAUCAAAAUAAUUUUAAUUAUUCUUCUAACAAUUCGAAUAACUACUCUCGCAACAACAAUCAAUAUAAUCGUUCUUCUCGUGAUCAGAACUUUCUUGUUUCACCUCAACAUGAAGAUAUCAAUUACAAUAGUUUAAACAAUAAUAUGCGUCGUAAUUAUUCUCAUUCGAACAAUAUGAAUAACCAACGUUAUUCUCCAACUAAUCAUACACGACCAAUUUCCAAUCUUAAUACUACUUCCAAUACUCAAUCUCGACAACAUCAAUUAUCAUCUAUCAUCUCAAGAAACAACAAUCGUUCUUCAAAUGAUAACAAGAUUCGUUGGUGGUGUCCUCAUUGCCAACGGCAUGGACAUUCUUGGGAGCGUUGCCCAUCCAAUCCUAAUAGUAUUAAUUAUCGACGAAAUUCAUCUUCCAAUUAUCCUUCUUUAUCAGCACCUGGUCCACCACAAUCUUCAUCUGUAAUGGAUGAAGAGACAUUAUCUUCCUUUCCUUCACCUUCACUCUCUUCAACUCUACCACCUAUACCAUCUGCUUCAUCUAAUACUAUAAUUGAACCAAUCAAUUUACCACCUCUACCAUUAACAAUCUCAUCAACUCUUCAAUCAUCUUCAUCUUCUGAUCUUCUUCCUUCAUCGCAACCUACUUCUAAUUUAUCUAUUUCUCAACCAACACCUCAUUCUUCUCGAUCUACUGGAUUUAUUACUCCACCUCAUUAUUUUAAUUCAUCUGAUCAUUAUCCUCAUGAUUGUUAUUUAACUGCUGAGGCUAAAAUUAAUGAUAUUCCUGGUAUUGUUUCACUUGAUACUGGUUCUGGUGUUACGAUUAUUAGUUCUAAUCAUUGGUACACCUGA